GACAGCCUGCUGUCUGCUGUAGGGCUUAAUACAACUGGAACAAAGCAAGGAGGGGGAUAUUGCACCACGUCAGAGCAGAUCCACCUCUAGUGGCAGCUCUGGUGGUGUUGCAGUUACUGUUGACCAUCACGCUCAACAGAUCAACACCCACCUGGGAACCGUCUGUCAUCCUCCAGCUUGGUUGUGCCUCUUCUGCAUUCUGCCUGUAAUAUUGGCUGAGGCUGGUCUUAGGACAGAGGCUGAUUAACUGCUGGACUGGUGAUUGACUCUUUUCCAACUGAAUCACUGAAAGAUCAGAGUGUGAAGAUACAAAACUGUGACUCUUCAGUGGUAGAGGCUGAGACUGUGUUACUAGUGUUUAACUGUGUCUUUUCUGUAACUGGUACUAUGACUGGGGCUGAGAUUGAACCUGGUGUCCAGGCCAAGCCUGGAAAGAAGGCUGGAGAAGAGGCUGGAGGUGGGGCUGAGAGAGAGAAUGACAUCCCGAUGGUGGUUAGACCCAAGGUUAGGACCCAGGCCCAGACUGUGCCUGGGGCAAGGCCCAAAACUGAGUCAAAGGCUAUGAAUGGGACAAGGCCCAAAACUGAGUCCCAGGUAAUGGCUGGGGCAAGACCCAAAACCGAUUUCCAACUAAUGGGUGGGGCAAGGCCCAGAAUUGAGGCCCAGGCAGUGGCUGGGGCAAGGCCCAAAACUGAAUUUCAGGCAAUGGCUAGGACAAGGCCCAAAUCUGAGGCCAGGGCAAUAGGUGGGGCAUGCCCUAAAACUGAGGCCAAGGCAAUCCCUGGGGCAAGGCCCAAAGAUGAAGCCGAGGCUUCAGCACAGACUGAGCUCGGGGCCGAGGCAAUGUCCCAAACAGAGGGCGUGCCCCAGACCAAUGCAACUGCCUGGCCACUGGUCAGUAUGGAGUCUGAAUCAGUUGCUAAACCUUCAGCCACGGCUGUAGAUAAAGAACUGGUAAAUGUAGAGGUUGAGACCUUUCCUGGUUCCCAGGUUCAGUCAGGAAUUCAAUCCUGGUUUGGAUCAGGGGAUGAAACUAAUACAGAAUCUUGGUGUUAUGCCAGGCUCAGGGCCAGAGAGGAAGCUUCUAACGAAUCUGGAUUCUGGUCAGCAGAUGAGACCUCUACUAUUUCUUCUCUCUGGGCUGGAGAAGAGGCCAGUGUUAGAUCAUGGCCCAGGGAAGAGGCCAAUACCAGAUCCAGGCACAGGGCUAAGCAUCAGCCUAACCUCCAGUCCAGGCCUGGAUCCAAACAAGAUCCCUAUAUUGAUUCCUGGUCUGGGUCUGAGGAGGAGUCUAGCAAUCCAUUCUGCUUGUGGCCUGGAGAAAAUACCAAUAACUUGUUCAGACCCAGAGUUAGGGAUGAGGCAAAUAUUAGGUCCAAGCUUGGAACAAAGAGAGAGGACUUUUUUGAAUCUGAGUCUGAAGAUGAAUACUAUAAGGAGUCCUGGUUUUUGCCUGGAGAAGAGGCCAGUAGUAGAUUCAGGCCAAGAGAUCAGGAGGAGCCUAAUACUGACUUGAAGCCCAGGACCCAGAAAGAUGUUAAUAACAGUGAUAGGGUCAAACCAGACCCCAGGUUUGAGGAGGACAUCAUCAUUGGGUCCUGGUUCUGGGCAGAGAAAGAGGCUGGUGAAGAGGCUGGGGCUUCAGCCAUCUGUGAAUCCACCCCAGGGGUUGAGGAGGGGGCUAUUGGUGGAUCCUUGUUCUGGACUGAGGAGCCUGAGUCCAAUUUGGGGGCUGUAGCCAGAGAAGAGAUCAAGCAGGAGUCUGAAGAAGAAGCCAUAUUUGGGUCCUGGUUCUGGGAUAGGGAUGAGGCCUGCUUUGACCUAAAUCCCAAUCCUGUGUACAGGGCUAGUUCCAGAUUCAGAGAUUCAGCUGAGAAGGAAAUUAAGGCAUCAUCCAGGCCCAAAACCUGGGAGGAGGUCACUGUUGAAUUCAAACCUGGUCCUUGUCAUAGGAUUGGCUUCCCAUCCCCAAGCUCCUUUAGAAUUACCGAAGAAGCAUCCGCUGCAUUUGCUGAAAUGUUUGAGGGAAAGCCCCAAAAUGGGGAGCUUACCUCAGAAGGUGAAGAUGAGGCCAAUCAGCCUGAACCUCAAUUCACAUUUCAGUAUGAACCAUCCUACCGGUCAGUCAGGGAAAUUCGGGAUCAUCUUAGGGCCAGGGACAGUGCACAGCCUGAGAGUUGGUCCUGCAGCUGUAUACAAUGUGAGCUUAAAAUCAGUUCUGGAGAGUUUGAGGAACUCCUCCUAUUAAUGGAAAAAGUUCGAGAUCCUUUUAUUCAGGAAAUAUUUAAAAUUGCAGUGGGUAUGAGAAGUGCUUCUCAAUUUACCCGAGAUUUUAUUCGGGAUUCAGGUGUUGUCUCACUUAUUGAAACCUUGCUCAAUUAUCCCUCUUCCCGAGUCCGGACAAGGUUUUUGGAAAAUGUGAUUCUCAUGGCUCCACCUUAUCCAAAUCUAAACAUGAUUGAAACAUUCAUAUGUCAAGUGUGUGAGGAAACGCUUGCACAAAGCGUGGAUUCCCCUGAGCAGCUGCUUGGAUUAAGGCUGCUUAGGCACCUUACUAUGACUACUGACUAUCACACACUAGUUGCCAAUUUUAUGUCUGGGUUUCUCACCCUAUUAGUCACAGGAGAUGCAACAACGAAGUUUUGCAUUCUGAAAAUGCUGUUGAACUUGUCUGAAAAUCCUGUGGUGGCAAAGAAGCUAUUCAGUGCUAAAGCUCUAUCGGUAUUUGUGGGUCUUUUUAACUUGGAAGAGUCACAUGAUAAUAUUCAAAUUGUUAUUAAAAUGUUUCAAAAUAUCAGUAACAUCAUAACAAAUGGAACAAUGGCCUCAGUUGAUGAAGAUUUCAGUCUUGAGCCGCUUAUUUCUGCAUUCCACGAAUUUGAGAGCUUGGCUAAGGAACUACAAACCCAAAUAGACAAUCAAAACGAUCCUGAGGGGGGGCAACCAAACUAAUAUGUUUGACCUGUCUGUGAUCAGCCUUAUGUUCCCCAAAAGCCCUGAGUAGUGCUUUGGUUUUCAGUCUGAUGGUAUGUUGUAACUUAUAUUUUUAUGCUGUUAACUUUGUCCAAUUCUUGGCUUGAGCUGGAUCAUUUUGUGGAUGCCAAAUGAAUAUUAGAGCGGAAAACAUCAUUUGUUCAUAUUUGUCUUGCUGUCCAGAUUGCAGUAUUUUUCAGUAUUGAGUGUCCAGUGAACUGAGUUACCUAUGUAAACUACACUGCUUUUUGUUGUUUAAACAUGUGGUUCUGUAUUUGAGUGUAUUUUCAAUAAAGUUCUGUGUGAAAAUUG